AUGACGCAAGAAUUACGGAAACGGUCGUUUGAGCAUGUUGAUGAACUAUUGAAUCAAGCCAGUAAUGAGGUCAACUAUGAUAGCAAUAAGCGUGUUAGGAGGCAUGAAUACAGUGCUAUGACACAGUACAGUUCAAUGCCAAAUAGUAGAGUUGAUACAGAAGCUGAUGCAGCACUAGGUAGAAGGGUUGAUUGCGCGCAUCGUGAUAUCGGUUUGAUUUCACCGCCACCUGGCUAUAUAAAGAAGUUAACCUUGCAUAAUUUUAUGUGUCAUAGAAACUUUGAUGUUGAAUUAGGACCUGGUCUUAAUUUCAUAGUUGGAAAAAAUGGUAGCGGUAAGAGUGCCAUCCUUACUGCAAUAACAAUUGGUCUAGGUGCAAAAGCUAGCGAGACCAAUCGAGGUAGUUCUUUAAAGGAUCUCAUUACUGCGGGCUGUAACUCAUCCAGGAUUACGAUAUAUCUUAGCAAUUCUGGGAUUGGGGCUUAUGUACCAAAGGGUAAACAAUAUGGAGAUACCAUUAUAAUAGAAAGAACAAUUAGUAGAACGUCUACCGCGGGUUUCAGUCUCAAAUCAGAAAAUGGUACUGAAAUUAGUAAUAAGAAACGUGAUUUACAGGAAAUUCUGGAUUAUUUUGCUAUCCCGAUAAGCAACCCUAUGUGUUUCUUGAGCCAAGAUUCAGCCAGAUCAUUCUUAACCGCCAGUACACCUACGGAUAAAUAUAAUCAUUUUGUUAAAGGCACAUUAUUACAGCAGAUAAAAGAUUAUCUGGAAAGGGCUACAGAAGUACAUAAUGAAUCUGCUGCUGCGAUGGAAUUACACACAGAAUCGCUAAGAGAACUUCAAGAACGGUAUGACAAAGCCAAAACUGAUCUAAGACAAAUAAGCAAAACAUCAGAUUUGAAUGAGAGGUUAAAAUUACUAACAGGCAAGUCCCUUUGGUUAAAUGUUGAUGAGAAUGUUAUGAACAUUAAUAAACUUAAAAAUAAAAUUUCUCAUUAUGAAAAUGAAAUUUCAAAGCUGACUGAAAAAUCAGAUUCUAGAAUGAAUCAGAUAGAUAGCUUAAAAUCUGAAAUAACAAUAAUAGAACAGGGUUUAUCUGGCAAACUAUCGAAAAUGGUAGAAAAAGAAGAACAGUUUCAAUUGAUGAAUGAAAAAAUCAGAGAAGCUAAAAGUAAAUAUGAGCAAGAGGAAAACAACGAGAAAGAAAUUCUCGAUAAUAUUGAAAGAUGUAAAUCUAUUAUCAAAAAACUGAAUAAAAGUAUAUCAGAACUACAAGAGAAACAGGAAAAAGAACAAGGAGGCGACAAAGAUAAUAUGUUGCAAGAAAUUGAAAAACUUACAGCUAGUAACUCUGAACUGAAAAAGGACAUUGAAGCCUACAUGACAAAAAUUCAAGAUAUUAACGCAAAACUUCGCACUGUUAAGAUGGAAUCACUGAAAACUAUUGACAGUAUUGAUACACAAAUAAGAGAAAAGCAAAAUGAAGUUAAGGAUAUCAAGCAUGGUAGAACAAAUUUUCUCAGAAACUUUGAUAAUAAUAUGGAACAUUUGAUAAAAGAGAUAUCUAAUAAUAAAUCUAAAUUUGACAACCUACCGAUUGGUCCACUUGGUAACUAUGUUAGUAUAAAGAGUGGAUAUGAAAAGUGGGCUCCUUCAAUUCAAAGGUAUAUGACGACUACAUUAAGCUCGUUUGUUGUUAGUUCUCAUAGAGAUAAUGGUUUACUUAGACAACUAAUGAAAAAAUGCAAUGUAAGAUCAUCAAAUUUUUCUAUUAUAAAUUACAAGUUACAGAAUGCUCAUUUUUUUGAUAAUAACAAACUAAAUCAGAAAUAUCCAACAAUUCUUGACGCACUCGAUUUUAUUGAUGGGAACUUAGCUGCUGUAUUUGUGGAUAUGAAUAAGAUAGACAGGGUCUUGUUGAUCGAAAAUAUGUCAGAAGCUAGAAAGUUUCUCUUAGAGAAUGGGGGUGAUACAAAAGUUGCACUUUCUAUUAGAGAUAAUAACUAUGGCUAUCAGCUUACAGGAGGAACAAGAAUUGACUCUGUGAAAUAUCAAGAUAAAAUCCGAGUUAAGGUUGGUACUUCCUCUGAGGAUAAUAUUGCUUAUAUUAAUACUGUUAUAAGAAAUCUUCAAGAAGAAAAACAAAGUACUCAAAGUAGAUACAAAGAUAGACUUCAAAUAAUUAAUAAUGAAUUAAAAGAAUGUGAGACAGCAUUAGUGCACACUAAGGACACUUAUAGAGCCAACAAUGAAAAAAUUAAGAGCUUCAAAACAAAUAUAACGAGAGAGGUUGAUACUGGUAAGCUUAAUAUGCAAAUUGAAGAGAAAAAGAAUCAGGAAGUGGCUGUGGAAAGUUAUUUAGAGACUAGAAAAUCUAUUCAACUGCAUCUUGCAGAUAUGGUUGAAGACAUUAAGCCACUGCAAGAGCAAUAUAUGAUUUAUAAAAAUGAGCUGGAUCAAAGUAAAACUGAGAUUGAAAAUGAUAGAGAGUUAUUGAGAAGAUCAAAAGAUAAAAUACUAAAAUAUCAAGAUCACAUUAAAGAAUUACUAGAAUCUGUCAAAAAUAUUGAGAAAAAUAUACCUAAAAUUGCAGACAAUAUUAGAGUUUUAGAGGAUGGUGUGGGGUUACAAAAACAAAAAGCUCAGGAAAUUUGUCCAAGAGCCGAGUUAUCUAAUGAUUUACCACACUCACAAGAAGAAAUUAAACAAGAGAUAACAAACAUUCAACAGAAAUUGCAAGAAGCCGAAAAAAUGAUGGGGAUGUCCCAGCAGCAAAUUGUAGAUAAUUAUAAUAAUGCAAAGACGAAAUUUAUUGAUGCUAGUAAAAAAUAUAAAGUAAUAGAGGAGGUGUUAGGUAAGUUGACAAGAACCAUAAAAAUAAGAGAACAAAAUUUAGAAAGAACGCAACAGAUUACUUUUUUUGAAGCUGAUAAUGACUUUAAAGCAUCAAUGAGAAUAAGGAAGUUUGCAGGUCACCUCGAUUUUGAUAAAAAAGAAAAAAAAUUGAGUAUUCUUAUUUUAACACCCAAUGAUGAUAGAUAUCGUGAAGUAAGCACUUUUUCUGGGGGUGAAAAAUCAUACUCUCAAAUGGCCCUAUUGCUAGCUACAUGGCGCCCAAUGAGAUCUAGAAUUAUUGCACUGGAUGAAUUCGAUGUUUUUAUGGAUCAAGUUAAUAGAAAGAUUGGAUCAAAAUUAAUUGUAAAAAAACUGAAAGAUAUUCCUAACACACAAACUAUAAUUAUCACUCCACAAGAUAUUGGAGGCAUAGCAGAAAUAGAUGAUAGUGUGCGCAUAUUAAGAAUGAGAGAUCCCAAGCGGACAACAAUAAACUAA